UUCAAAUUAAAUACUCACAUUUUCCAAAACUAGCGGCUGCCUAAUCAUGAUUAACUGGGGAGAAGUCCUCACAAUAACCUAUAUUCCAGUCAUAUGUUAAUAACAUGAUUGAUGUUUACAGAUAUUCUCUUCUCACAGGUGACCAACAUGCUCACUGCUCUGAGUUCCUCUAUCUCAGCCAUUCCUCUCUUCUGGUGAGGCUCCUCAUCUUCUCCUCUGAGCAGGGUCCCUGUGGUUACCCCAUAGACCUCCCUCCUUCAGGCCUCCCAUCUGGCCAGGGCUUCCCUCCACUUCCACCAGGCCUCCCAGGACUGGCCCCUGGUCCCGUGGCCCGGAGCCCCCUCAGCCCCACAGUAGUGAUUGUCCCGGGCAGGAGGCCGGCCAGGCUGCAGCCCAGCUGGGCGAGGGUGAUGGCGUGGGAGCUGUUAGAGGCGGGGCUGGUUAAUGUCCUGGUAGCUGAUUGGCUGCUGCCCCCAGAGCAGGAGAUCACCGAAGGAGCCAGGCAGGUGGGAGAGAGGCUGGCACAGGCCAUACAGACACUACUGGAAGACCAGGGCUCUUCUCCAGACCUGUUCCACCUGGUAGGGUUUGGUGUUGGGGCCCAUGUAGCUGGUGUGACUGGGGCCUGUUUGGAGGGAACUAUUGGCAGGAUCACAGGCCUGGAUCCGUUCUCACCACUGUUUUCCGAGGCAGACAGCAGCCUGUCCCUGGAUCCCACUGAUGCUCAGUACGUGGAUGUGAUUCACACCAACUUUAACCCCAACGAGCCGGUAGCUCCCCUGGGGGUUCCCAGACCAUUGGGUCAUGUUGAUUUCUACAUUGGCAGAGGAUAUCAACUUCCUGGUUGUCCUCAGGCUCUCAUGAAAAGGGAGCAGUACUUGCUGUGCAGUCACCAACGGGCCUAUAGGUUGUUCACCAGCUCCAUCCGGUCCUCCACCCGGUCCUCCACCAGGUCCUCCACCAGGUCCUCCACCAGGUCCUCCUGCCCUCUCACAGCCUUCCCCUGCCAGGGAGUAGAGGACUUCCAGAGAGCUCACUGUACACACUGUCACCACCCUGGACUCAACAUCUGCCCCCAGCUGGGCUACGACAUCAGCUGGCUGCCUCCAGAUCGACCAAUCACCUUCGAGCCCCUGACCGCGGUCCUGGACAUCACAGCAACAGACCCUUUCUGUGUGAAGCCAUUCCUGUUGGAGGUGCACCUGGAGGGAAACGCCUCGUUAGAAGCACAGCUAUUUAUUCAGCUGAAGGGAGACGUCAGGAAAACGCCUGUCAUGUUGGUGUCCGGUCCUUCCCUGAAGCAGUUUGAGCCUCACCACAUCCACCAGUUCAUGGUUUCCGUAGACCCCGCUGUUCAGGAGAUCCGAACCGUAGUUCUUCACUUCUACUCUCAACACCUCCUGUACUUGGCCUGGAGGAAGACAAGGAUUCACAUCCAUCACCUAGUGCUGACGCAGCUACCCAGACACCAAGGGUUAAUAUCUUACAGGACCGGGAGUGUUACAGCAGUAGAGAACCAGAGAGUGGAAGUUUAUCUGCAGAUGGAAGAGUGAAGAUGAAUGGGAGCUUUUUCCAGGGAGGUCAAAUACUGUGGUUGGGUAAUCAGAAUAUAACCGUAGAAAUAUUCUGAGAAAAAGCCAUGAAAGACUCUAAUUUGUUGUUCAUAUUUAUUUUCAGACACUGGCAUAAAAACAAAUACAGUAAGUGUUUGAUAAAUGCUGAAUAAUGUUUUAUUUCUAAGCUUCAAUUUCGAUCAUUUGUAUGUCCUCAAAAGUUGUUGUGAAAUCAAUCCAUUUAUAUGCACAAUGCUAACCCUACAGACAAUCUCUAAUGGAGCUUUAUUCCGUUAUAAAAGCGUUUACGUCGAAUCCAAAUUAAAUGCAAAAUCCCUGAUGAGAAAUAAAGUUGGAGUAAAGAAAGACCAUCAGGAAUAAAUCACAUUUAAAAUAUAUAUAUAUAUAUAUAUAUAUAAAAAGGCACAUUAUUCAUUAUCAUCAUGUCGCAUCAGGACUUCCUGGUUUUUCAACAAACUAUUGUGUCAAAUACCAAAUCAUAGUAGAGAGGAUGGGAGCUGGGGUCACUGUCUGUUUGAGCCCUCAGUAGGCUUGUGUCCCAAAUAGCACCCGAUUCCCUACAUUUGUGUACUACCUUUAAUUAAAAACAGAGCCCUUAUGGAUCCCUGGUCAAAAGUAGUACACUUCCACCCUCCAUGAGUACAAGGACAACAAGUUAAAUUCACAUUUAAGAGCCCGUUCUAAAAGAUAACUUAAGAGGAAAAAAAACCCUUUGAGGAAAUGAUUAAAAUUCAAUGACAAAAACAAGCAACAGAACACAUUGUCUCCUUCUGUAUGCGUAUAUGUAACAGUGUUUCUAUAGUAAUUUCUUAAAAACUGGCCUAAAUCCUACCGGAGCAAAAUGUACCAGAAAAUGUUGUGGUGUUUCCAAUCCAAAUGACUGAUUUGCAAUGACAAAAACAAAUAUAUCUAAAAAAAAAAAAAAACAUUAUUUACAAUUCUUAAAAAUACUUUCCCCCCCCCCAACCC